AGGACUAGGAAGUUCAGAAAAACUCCAAACCCCCCCCCCCCCCCACUUUGUUUCUUCCGGUUUCUCUCCUGAGAUAUUGAAGAAUGGUGCAUGAAAGAGAGAUUGUCAUCAUCAGCCUCGACAUGGAUGACAAGAAGAGUGAUGCAAAGAGGAAAGGAAUGAAGGAGAGGAGUUUGACUGGGUUUGAGAGCAGUGAUAUAAACAAAGACGCUGAUGCUUUCAUCAGGAACUUCCGCAUUCAGCUCGAGAUUCAGAGCGGGGAAUCAAUCAAGUGCUACCAGAAGAUGAAAGCUCGAGGGGCUUAGAUUAUUGGGGUUGUAUGCAUUCGUAUCAACGAAUAAUGGUCAGUGGCAGAAGUCAGUUCUGCACCUUAACCAGGUAUUUAGGAGUAAGUAGUGACUUUGGAGCAGAAGCUGUUGUUUUUCCUGUAAUUGUUGAUUUCAUGUUUUCCUUUUUAGUGCUAUGAGUAUCACUGACAAAAUAGACAGGACUAUGUAUCUUUGUUGCUUAUUCCAUCUUGAAAUCAAAACAUAACAAAGAUAUGUGAUGCGA